UUAAUAGCCUUUGAAGGAAGAAGGAAGGGAAAGAGCGUGGGCGUCAUUCAACGCGUGAAUCGGAUGCAAGGUCUGGGGUUCGGGGCAGCAUGAGCAGGGGAGCUUCCAUGGCCAUGCGGGAUGUCGCAACCAACCCUUGCACUGAACUUUGCUUGCCUGCCACGCUAAACCCGCGGCAUUUCGGCGAAAAAUACGGAGGUAUACUCGCCUGUCGCAGCCAAGUACAGAUUCCUCAUCAAAAAUUCCGGGAGCGAUUCUCUUGAUUCUUUCUGCCACCGUUUCCCAACAGACCUGAGGUCAAUUCCUCUUUGCUGUUCUCCUUUCUCCCUCCUCCACCCAUCAUAAGCCUGGCCUUCGCCCGGUAUACCCUUUUCUCCUUUGAAAACCGAAGCCGAAACCGGACAAGAUGGGUUACCUCGACGACGAAGUGAAGCGCCUGCAGGGCAUUAUCUCCGACAUCGAGAGCCGGGUGAAAGCUCUGGAGAACAGGCAAUUGGGCGGCGGCCAAAAGAAGACGGUGGAGGAGAUCCGUAUGAUCCUCAUCGGACCUCCCGGCGCAGGCAAGGGAACACAAGCGCCCAAGAUCAAGGAGAAGUUCAACUGCUGUCAUCUGGCAACCGGAGACAUGCUGCGGUCCCAGGUCGCCAAGAAGACUCCUCUGGGCCGGGAAGCCAAGAAGAUCAUGGAUGCGGGCGGUCUAGUCAGCGAUGACAUUGUCAUUGGCAUGAUCAAGGAGGAGCUGGACAACAACAAGGAGUGCAAGGGCGGCUUCAUCCUUGACGGCUUCCCGCGCACGGUCCCGCAAGCCGAGGGUCUCGACAAGAUGCUCCGCGAGCGCAACCAGUCGCUGCAGCACGCGGUUGAGCUGCAGAUCGACGACGCGCUGCUGGUGUCGCGUAUCACGGGCCGCCUGAUCCACCCCGCGAGCGGCCGCAGCUACCACACCACCUUCAACCCGCCCAAGGUCCCCAUGACCGACGACAUCACCGGCGAGCCGCUGAUCCAGCGCAGCGACGACAAUGCCGAGGCCCUCCAGAAGCGCCUGGCCACCUACCACAAGCAGACGGCCCCGGUUGUUGACUACUACAAGAAGACGGGGAUCUGGAAGGCGGUCGACGCCAGCCAGGAGCCCGGCCAGGUCUGGAAGAGUUUGCUGGCCAUCUUUGACGGCAACAAGGCUAAGAGCGAUCUCAUGAGCCGACUCACGAGCAGGUCGUAGAUGGGUGGCGCCGUUACGGAUUCGGCUGUGUAUGGGAUAGGUUAGGGAGGACGGGCCCAAGGUUCUCAAAAAAGGACAGGGGACCGACAUGCCGCUUUUUCAAUGGCUACGCUUGUCGAAGCAGUGGUCGAGUUUCUGGUGGUCAGGAAACAAAAGAGAAACCUAACCAUACCUGUCUGUCAACCAACAGUGUCUUACCAUCAUCAAUGGACGGUCAGGGUGUAAUUGGUAGGGUCAGGAAAAUCCGGCUUACAUGGCUAACGGUAACGAAUCCCAAUGCGGGAUCCGUUGAGAUGGCUGGACCGGUGCGAUGGGAUAGCGCGCUGUAUUGUACUUCACAAUGUAGAAAAAGUCGAACCAUUUGAUGCAAACAACUGCACCAGU